AUGUUCUUCAGUAUAAAUGGAAUUAGAGAUGUAGCUGGUAAUGCACGAAGAGUCUCAGCUUUACUAAGUCUCAUCGGAUCUGAUACUUACCGCAUUCUAAGAGACCUUUGCACACCGGAUUUACCUAAGGAUAAGAAGUAUGAAGAUAUAUGUAAAUUGUUGAAAACUCAUUUUUGUCCGAUGACGUCCGUCUACAAGGAGAGAAUCAAAUUUUUCGAGGCAAGUCAAGAAGAAAACGAAAAUGUGAAUGCAUGGUUUGCAAGGAUUCACAACCUUUCCAACAAUUGUGAAUUUGGGGCCAACCUGAAAUGUUAUCUGAAAGAUAAAUUCGUAUGUUCAAUGAAGAAAGGCACGAUAAGAGACAGAUUAUGUGAAGAAAAACUCGAUACUAAUCUCGACAGGCUAUUAGAAUUGGCACUUCUGAAGGAAACCUCAAUAACUGGUAGCAGCAGUGCAGCUAGUGUGAAUUUGUUGAACAAUAAAAUCGUGGGAAAUAUCAGAAGAUCUUCGAAUACUAACAAUUCACGGAUAAUGUCGGAUACUGUACAAGAAACAGUGAUUCCUGUUAAGAAUACUUCACCAGUGGCGGCGGCAUCGGGAAGUGUCUACGCAAAUAAAAUAUCGCCUCGAGACGUUACUAAAGCCAUUUCUGAAGCCGAAAGAAAAUUGAUAUGCAGUAAAUACACUAAUAUUGCAAACGACCCAUCAACAAGCUUAGAAGCAGAUAAUGUGCAGAGCCAAUGGACAAAAGUUGAACAUAAGAGACCUAGGGAAAAACAAAGGGGAAAUCUUUCAGUUGGUAACUUCUCUGGACGAGCAUCAGUUGAAGGCAUCGAAAAAAGCUUGGACCUCCACGUUUAUAACCUGAAACCAAAUACUACUGUAGAGGAAUUGAAAAAUUUUCUGGUGCCAACCUUUUCUGGAUUGAAGUGUGAGCCCUUGCAACCCAGGUAUCCCGAUAGUGUGAAGGUUGUCGAGAGAGCGAAAACUGCUUUGCAAGGAUCUCCUCAGACUCAAAGUAUUGCUAAAAUAACGAUAGAGAGCAUCAAUUUGAAAGUGCCACAUCUCACACCCAACGAUGACAUAAAGUUGCAGUUGUUGACACGUAUCAAAGCAUAUGAGUCUAUGAUGAUACCGUUUCGCCGAUGGGAAUUGCACGAGCUACCAGCACUCACACAAGAAUCUACCAUAGAAAUCUGGUCCAUAAAGACAUGUUCUGCAUUGGACAGUCCAAGAUAUGUUAUAGUAUUUUUCCAAACGAAAAAAGCCGAUAAUUUGCAUGAAGACGUCACCUUGUUCGAUAAUGCCAACAUCAAAUCCAUACGAUUGGCUCUGAAUAGCGACUAUUAUCCGCAAGAAAGAAUGCUAUUGGACUUUUCCAAAGACCAAUAUGCUGACGCUCACUUCAACUAUACAGAGUUCAACAAGAGCUACCAUAACUGUCAAGAAAAGCGCUCUCUAGUAACAGUUGACAUGAAUACACUAAUAUUGCAAACGACUCAUCAAAAAGCUCAGAAGCAGAUAACGUGCAGAGCCAAUGGACUGAAGUUGAACAUAAGAGACCUAGGAAAAAACAAAGGAGGAAUCUUUCAGUUGGUAACUCCUCUGGACGAGCAUCAGUUGAAGGCAUCGAAAAAAGCUUGGACCUCCACGUUUAUAGCCUGA